UUGUAAAAUGUGGUACUAAAUAGGUCUCUGUUGUCUGUUCCUGUGGUAGUGAUAAUUACAUAGGGCAUAUUUAUAUGAAAAUAAAACUAGGCUGGAAGGCUUGUUUGUGGUGGUUCUUGAUUUGAAUUGUGUUUUAUAGUAAUUAUAUUGGAGAAAUGAUUAUAAAUGAUCCAGAAGCUUUUAAAUCGUGGCUGACAACUGUACUAGAACCUUUGUGUGAUGCAGAUCCAGCAGCCUUAGCCAAAUAUGUGUUUGCUUUAGUGAAGAAGGAUAAGCCUGUGGCUGAAUUACGGUCAAGCAUGGUGGAGCAGCUGGAUGUGUUUCUUCAAAGUGAAACAAAGAAAUUUGUGGAUUUGCUAUUCAAGACACUAGAGACACAGGUUUAUGAUGUACCAGCUAUAGCUACGGUAACCCAUACUACAUCAGCAGUUGUAGACCCAACAAUUACUGCUGAGCCAGCUGCAACCAAGAUUCCCAUUGCCAAACAGCCAGGAGAACCAUUACUAUCAGACUCACUAAAUACAGCAAAUCCACCAAAUACCCAGUCUUUACCUGGACAUCAGGUGGUGGCAGGUGUGACUUCACUGAUGAACUCUGUGCAAACCAAUGGAACCAUUCCUUUGCCAGUACACAAGCGUGAUUUGGAUCUUCAGACACGUAGUACACACAGGAAGUCUGAUUCAGACAAAGAUGAUAAAGGUCGCAUUGGAGGACGAAUUCGACAUCGCAGCUCUCGGUCUCCUUCAAGAGGCCGAUCUCGGUCCCGUUCUUGGGAUCGCACAAGGAGGUCACGUAGUCGGGACAGGGAGCGUGAAAGAGAUCGGGAAAGAGGUCGAGAGAGAGACAGGAGUAGAGCAUGGCGAAACAAGUCCCCUCCACCCAGAAGAUAUGAUAGGGAUCGAAGGAGGAGCUGGUCUCGGUCCAAUUCUCCUGCAGUUGCUGCUGGUGCAGGUCCCAUAGUUAAGACCCGAAGCAUGGGGGCUUCACGUUCUCGGUCAAGGUCACCUCACUACAAUCACAGAGGACGCUAUCGUAACAGAUCUCCACAUGGGCGGCUGUCCAUCUCUCAUUCACGUUCUCGUUCUAUUGAGAGGGCACGAGAUAAGAAGGAACCAUUGUCAGGGGCUGGUACCCCCACUCAAGACAGUAAUCAUGGAGAUGUGGACAUGAGGCUCACAACUACAUCCCAGAGCAUCCAGAGUGUAGUCAGUGCUGGUGGUAAGACAGCUGACAGUGUUACCAAUUCUGGAGCUUCUCUGCUGCCUGGUGUCUUUCAUCCCAAGAGAAGAUGUCGAGACUUUGAUGAGAAGGGAUACUGCAUGCGUGGUGACUUGUGUCCUUAUGACCAUGGAAAUGAUCCAGUUGUCUUAGAAGAUGUUGCAUUGUCCCAUGUGCUUGCAUUUGGUCCAAACCACCCACCAUCUCAUCCAUUAGCCCCUCCAAGCACUGGACCAUCUGCUCCACUAAAUCCUCCCAGUACUUCACAACCAUCAGCUGCAACAGAAGUGACAGAAGGACUAUUGGAACAUGGUGUAACUCAAGGAAUUCCACUAGAACCUCCACCUCAUCAUGUGCCACGUCCAGUGCCACAUCCUCACAUGAGGGGACCACACCCAGGAAACAUGGAGUACAAUCCAGAUGCUCCAAGCAUGGAACCAAGGAUGAUGUGGGGACGUCCACCAUUCCGUGGUGGACCAGGAGGUAUGAGAGCAGGAGGAAUGAUGAGAGGUGCAAUUGGGCGUCCAGUAGUGUACAAUCCUCAACCACAGCGAGAGCUCAUCAAUGUGCCUGUGACAGACCAGACUCAGAAUUACCCCACUACUUACAAACACAACCGACAGCAUGCUGAAACCAACAGUUACACUCCAAAUACAGAGGCUAAAGAUUCUUCACAACCAACAAAGAAACCAUGUUUUGACUUUGCUCGCUUGGGACCACGUCACAAGAACCCAAACAAUUGCUCUUUGGAACUGAAGAAAGUACCCCGCGGUUUGAACAAUAUCACACACCUCAAUAAUCACUUUUCCAAAUUUGGCAAGAUUGUGAAUAUUCAGGUUUCAUUUGAAGGGGACCCAGAGGCUGCACUUGUGACAUUUUCGAGUCAUGCAGAAGCAAAUGCCGCAUAUAGGAGUACGGAGGCUGUGUUGAACAACAGAUUUAUUAAAGUGUUUUGGCACAACAGCAGUGAGGGUAAACAGGAGAAUGUCCCACCUCCACGGCCAUCAGUGAAGGAACGGCUGGGUGUGCCAAACCCCAUUUCUAACAGCAAAGUUCUAAAUACACUUCAGCCCAAAGCAUCUCUUGCCCUCCAAUCUGAAGCUGUGGAGAAGGUAAUAAUGUCAGGCAACAACUUGACAAAAACAGUGUACAUACCAACAGCCCUGAAGAAACAAGAGAGCCCUGUCAUCAGUUCAUCCAUUAUCCAAGAGAACUCCAAAGCUCAAGCUGCUACUGCUGCUGCUAUCAAGAAGACACAAGAGAUUUUAGCUGUGAAAGAAACACUCAAAAAGAAGCAGGAGGAAAAAAGAAAAGAAGCACUGAAGCUAACAGCAGAUUUAAGGAAAAGGAAACAGGACCUCCUACAUAAACAGCUGGCACAGCAAAAGCUGCUGAUCGAGAGACUGGAGAGCAGUGGGGUGGCUCCUGAGCAACGGGAGGCUCUUAUGGCAACCAUAAAAAAGUUGCAGGAAAGCAUAGAAAAGAUCCGCAAAGACCUGUCCAGUGGAGUUGUGCAAGGUGGUACCAGUACAGUCAAAGCAUCCAGUAUUAUAGGCAGCAAGCAACAGAGUGUGACAUCACCAGUUGCAGUGAAAAAGAGCAAAGAGGAAGCACAGCGUGAAAUAUUGGAUGCUGAAUUAGACCUCUUCACACGACAACAAGAGGGUGGAGAUACAUCUGAAUUGCAGCGGAAAGUGGCGGAGCUGAAGAUGGAGGCUCAUUCACUUGGACUACUACAAGGAAGUACACCCCCUGUAAGACCUCAUCAUAGGACUGCUGUGCCCCUGAAUAGGAGUCUCAGCAGGACUCGAGGCAGUCCGUUUCGAGGGAGGGGGCGAGGUUUUACACAUGUCUGUGUAGAUCACCGACCAACCAAAGUUCUUGUAUCAGGGUAUGAAGAGGAUGAGAAGACAGAUGUCCUAGCACAUUUUGCGCAAUUUGGUGAAAUUGUGGACUACAUUGUUGAUGAAUCUACUCCUUCCAUCAUUUUAAACUACAAGUCUCGGAAGGAGGCUGAGGUGGCCAUGGUAAAAGGACGUACGUUCCAAGACCGUUUGCUGUCCAUCACAUGGUGUAACAAUCCAGGGGUUGGUAGAGGAGUCAGGGGAAGCCACAACUUGAUGUCAACUGUACAUCUCCAUCAUGGACUGGUUCAUCGCUCUGUGAUCAUGGUGGGGACUAAUGCAGAGGGAGGAAGGGAAGAACUGGAGGAAGUUGAUGAAGGCCUCAUUGAGGAAGAGGAAGAGCUGGGUGUAGCUGAAUUGAGUGAAGACGUACUGUUACAAGAUGAUGAGGAAGAGGAGGAAGAUGGAGAAGACAGAAGCUGGCGACGAUAGCAGUCGUGAUCAAUCUGCAUGUCUUGAAAUUCACAAGGGUUUGCUUGUAGUGAAGCUCCUCAAGUGUCAUGCACAGUGUAUAGGAACAUGUGCAGAAGUAUGUGUGUGUGUGUGUGUGUAUAUUUUGUAAGUUUUAUAAAAAUCAAAUGCUUUCUUUGUUUCCAUGAAGCUGUAUAUGGCAAUCACUGUAAUUUUCAACGAGAACAUUCCUGUAAUAAAACUGCUUGUAUGUAUUACAGGAAGAUGGAAGUGUUGUCAUUGCUAAUGUAGUUUUAGAGAUUUUGUUUUAAAGUAAAUUGCAUUAAUUGACUCAUGGCAUUAUGGCAUCAGUCAGCUGUGAAAGUAAAGUUGUAACUGCUGAUGUUGAAAUUUCAUUUCAGACCUUCCAUAGUAAUACAUGUAAGUGUGCUCAUUAAUGGACAACACUGAUAUGGUCUUAGUGUUACAAGUAAUAGAUAUGUGCACUUGAUUUUAUUGUAACAAAUAUUUGUGAAUAUUUUCUGUAAUGAAUUGGUCAAUAAUUGAUGUAAAUGACUUUAUGCAAAAAUGUGCUUCUGAUAAUGGUUAAAAAUGAAAAGAUUGAAAAGAAAAGAUGUGAUGAAAAAUAAGAAGUAAAAAGAGGAAAAAGAAAGAAACAUUUAAAGAUGAAAAAUUUGUAAACAAAUUACAGAAAAGAAGUAUAGAAUAAGAAGAAAAGAUUAACCAAUUAAAGCACGCAAGUUUUUGUACAAAAAAUAAAAGAAGUGGGAGCAAAAAUUAAAAGAAAAAAAAAACAAAAGUCAAAGCAGAAAAAAUAUAAAGAUUUGCCCCACCAACAAAACAGUUUUUCCUAAAGGAGUAGAAUUGUCUAUAAAGACAUUUCUUUUUCCAGCUUGACCACCUUUCUGCUAUGCGGUAAGUACAAUUAAAUAGAUUGCUGUAUGGUUAUCUCCUUGGAGACCAAGUAUGGGCAACAAAUUUCCAUGCUCGCUUCCUGUUGAUGGACUUAAAUUCUUUCAUCAUAGAUGAAGGGCUUAUGCAUUUGUAAGUUCCUAAUGUUCCUUAGAGACCUGGCUAUAAAGUAACCUAUUGCAUGAAUGUUGGUAGAUAAAGUUCCUAUGUAUGUCAGUUUUUCUUCCAGGUAUAGAAAAGCUCACGUCAUUGUUUUAACAGACUUCAAGACUGGAAAAAAAUGCCUCAAUGUCUGUGCAUGUCUCAGUAUGUGUUUAAGUCUGUAUCUGGGUUGGUCCAUACAUGCACAUUUGUGUGUCUUUAUUUCUGUCUGCCUGCAUGUGUGUAUCCAUGGAUCUGGGUGUGUGCCUGCCUGUAUAUCAAUGUCUGUUGGGUAAAUUGCUGCUAGUCCUCGCCAGUACAGUCAUUCUUGGCUCCAAGUCGUGCAGGACUCAUGAACAUA